UCAUAUUUUAUGCUGUAAGAAUCGGUAAAUGUUUGUUUAACGUUCUUUGCCCAAGAUAUAUAUACUGCAGAUUUUUUGUAAAUAAUAUUGAAACAGCGGAGUACUGAAUAUAGCAGUAUGAGUCAACAACUACAGCAUCUUUCAAUAGCAGGAUUCAUUUUCAUGACCUACCUCAACUUCGCCAAUGCUCAGUGCUCAAUCGUAAAUUCAACAACGAGUCCGUUAACCAGUAUUUGUGCUUCACUUCAUAUAUACAGGGACCAAACAUAUUCACAACGACUGCUCAAUCCCGAAUUAAAUCGCGAUUCAUGGGUGUUUGCUGCCAUUGUAACAAAUCAAGGUGUAUCUUUGGCAAUGUAUGAUUGUUGGUUAACUACAGACCCUAGCAGCGGUGAAAAAUAUCACAUACUCAAGAAAGGAUGCCCUCAAGAAAUUGCUUACUACACCGAAUUUGACUACGCACGAGGAGUUCACAAAUUAUACGGAAAAUUUCUCCUUCCGCCCCCAGAAAGUGUGGAUAGUUUCUAUCUGCAAUGUGAUAUCUCAACAAAAUGUCCUGGAAUAAUUGGAUGUCUUUUGAUUUGCAAUCAGCCCCGGGAUCAGUAUAUUGUAACUUCGGCGAAGAUAUUAGAUUCAGCUAGUGUUACUAACACAACAGCACAAGGAACGACGGAAACUAGAGUUGACCUCGUCAUUGUGCUUAUUGUGGUUGCUGCAUCAUUUUUCCUGAUAUUCUUGGUUCUGCUGAUCAUAUUGAUUUGUAGUCUGCAUCAUCGACGAAGACGCAGGAGAAGAGAAAGAUUGGAAACUCCAGUUCUUAUUAAUUCAAGUACAACCAAUGAUAACGUUUAUCAAAAUGGGCAUCAUAGUACAAACGGUAAUUUGAAUGGAUCCCACGAACCAGCUGAUGUUUAUGGUGCCGUAAACAGAAACUCAAAGGGAGGAAGUAACUCUACAAACGAAUCGAAUAUGUAGUAGGUUGAAAAUUGCCAAAAAACUCGAAUCGAACUUCAAUGAUAAUCAAAAGUUCUAACUAUUUUUUCUGCUUGACAAAGACAAUUAUACAUUGUUAGACGGUAUUUUCAUACUUGUAUUGCAAUACCAGAGAAAAAGAGGAAAUAGAAUAGUUAAAUUUUGUAUAUAUAUUGCCUUUUAAAUGGUCUUUUCUUUUUGGACGCUUCGCAUAACCACGAUUUUAAAUGAAGAUUCUAUAAAACAGGACAUAAAUCUUCAACUUUGGUGCUGAUUAGCCGCCAUCUUCCACAAAUUAAAAGUAAUGCAUAGGCAAUACUCUUGGUUUUUAUCUAUCCAUUGAAGUAUGAAAUUCUUUUUAUUGUUCUAAUUUUGUACAUAUUAAUAAUUUUUAUUUUCAAUUUUCUUCUUUUAUUUCUACUAUGUGUGUGAAAUUAUAGAACACGAUUACUCAGUGUGAUAUGACUGUUCAAUUGGUGGAAUUUUUCUUUUAUACUAAUACAAUAUAGAUAAUUUUUUCAUGUUUACGUAUUGUACUGUAACUUUGGUACUGCCUUUGGGCAUUGUUCCCUCUCCUUGCUAUUUAUUAAGUUGUUGGAGCUGCUCGAUUCGUAUGCUGCUUCGGUUGAAAUAAUUUUAAAUUGUGG